AUGUUGGACCUUGUAUGGGUAUCGUUAAUCGUCUUCAUCAUCACCUGGUUCUACUUGCGGAGACGAAAGCAUUUUUCUUUCUUCAAGGACAUUGGAAUACCUGGACCGAUGCCUAGCUUGUUCUCCGGAAAUUUAUCCGAGCUCAUUGAGAAGGGAUCAAGACUUUCUUUUGAAGAAUGGGUUAAGAAGUACGGAAACUUGGUAGGGUUUUACAAUGGAGCUGAACCCAUGCUGAUCGUCAAGGACUUAGAAUUGAUCAAGAGGAUCCAGAUCAAGGACUUCAGCAACUUCCGCGGAAGGGGGGUUACCUCUCGCGUGGAUCUAGAACAUGAAGGAAGCAGUCACUCUCUCGUAACAGCAAAUGGAAAUCGAUGGAAAAGCAUACGAAGCCUUUUGACACCGGCCUUCACUUCCAGCAACAUGAAGAAAAUUUCAAGUUUGAUGGACAUUUGCACGGACGAGUUCCUUGAAGUUCUGGAUUCCCUCCAUGACCAAGACGAGGCAUUUGAAAUAAGGCAGGUCUUCCAGAAGCUUUCGAUGGACGUGAUUGUCCGAUCGGCCUUCGGAGCGAAAUCGAACAUUCAAAAGAAUCCAGAAAUUACGGACAUGAACGGGAUCGCCAAGGACAUUCUGCUUCACCUGGAGGCGUUCAAAACAAGCUGCUUGAUGUUUCUCAUUGCUUGCUUCCCAGAAUUGUCCUUCAUUUGGAAGCUGAUUCUUAUGUGGAGGAACCGAUUCAUGAAGUUACCGGUGGAAAAAAUUUGUAAUGGCCUUAUGCCGAUAAUCAACAUGCGCCGUUCUAACCCAGCGGCUCAUCGGCAAGACCUGUUGCAGCUUAUGUUGGAUUCUGAAGCGGAAGAAGGGGCAGAUGUGAAUGUCCAUGACCUCACAGUUAGCUACUACGAAGACAGAUCUAAAACCACCGAAUCGAAAGAAAGCAGCCGGAAGCGCCGGUUCUUGACCAAUCUCGAAGUUCACGCCAACGCGGUUCUAUUCUUAAUUGCUGGUUUCGAGACAUCAAGCACGGCUUUGACGUUCACGACCUACCUGCUGGCGAAGCACCAAGACGUCCAAGACAGACUAAGGAGCGAAAUAUGUGCCAUACUGAAGAAAGACGGAAAGUUUAACUACGACAACGUCUUCAGCAUGCAGUUUUUGGACCAAGUCAUCACCGAGUCGUUGAGGUUCUAUCCUCCCGUCGUCGGGUUCGUCACGAGAACUUGCCAGCACGACUACCAUUACAAGGACCUUAAGAUUCCUGCCGGACUGAGCAUCGUGAUUCCCCAAUAUCAACUUCAGCACGAUCCAAACUUGUGGAGUGAUCCCGAGACGUUCGAUCCGGAGAGAUUCAGCGCCGAAAACAAGGGAAGUUUUGACCCGAUGGCCUUUCAGGCCUUCGGCAACGGACCCCGAAACUGCGUGGGAAUGCGCUUCGCCCAGCUCGAGAUGAAACUGACGCUGGCCAAGAUGCUGGCCAAGUACAAGUUUCUGCUGGACGAUAGGCACGUGGAGGAGGAUCAACUGAAGCUGGGCUCUUCCUUUCUUUUCUGCUAUCCCCAGGAUGGCGCUUGGUUGAAGGUGAAGAAGAUCUGAGUCUGCGCCC